AUGUAUAUUAAAUACUUGCAUAUUACCGGCUAUGCUUUCAGUCCUGCUCACAUAAUAGAUAGCAAGCACGGCAUCGGGCAAGCAACCUGGGCACUCCAAGAAGAUGGAAAAAUUAGGAGUAUAUUUAAAGGAGCUACCUACCUUAGAAUACACGUGACGCUGCAAGCACGCAACUUCUACACAAUGUUCGUAUCCAAGAGACGAGUAUUUGAGUUUUACAAGGCUCCAGUUAACUGGUUGUGGGUAGAGAUAGCAAAGUUUCUGUGUUUAGAAUGA